AUGGCUGACCCACAAGAUGUUCAAUCUCCCGCCUCGAAGCAGGAAAAACGAACCCAACUCGAUGACUUGAUCACACGCGCAGCUGCAAAAGAUGCAAUCAAAGACCACGAUUCUGCCUCCGAGCUGUACUCCCAAGCUACUGAGCUUCAGGCCGAACUCAACGGCGAAUUGUCAUCCGAGAAUGCUGAUUUACUCUAUGCGUACGGAAAGUCAUUAUACAAUGUGGCUGUGAGUAAAAGUGAUGUCCUUGGCUCCAAGGUAGCCGGCGAGCAACAGUCACAAUCCUGCACCGCAUCUUCAACAAAUAUAUCUUCCGCUGGGUCGAACCCCACUAGUGAUUCCCUUGUUCAAGACGCGAUUGCGAAUUCGAUGGCCGGAAAGCCACCUUCCACCCAGCGCGCAGACAAAGAACCAGAAUCCACCGAAUCUAAGCCAUUCUUCCAGUUUUCAGGAGACGAGAACUUUGUUGACUCUGAAGACGAGGAUGAGGAAACUGCUGAGCAAGCGGAGGACGAUGAAGAGGACGACGAUUUUGCCAAUGCCUUUGAGGUCCUAGAUCUUGCCCGUGUGCUAUACCUCAAGAAGCUAAGUGCUGCAGAGGAAAAUGACGACAAAGGAAAAUCGACUGUGGUAUCAUCGGACACAAAGCACAUCAAGGAAAGAAUCGCAGACACACAUGAUCUUCAAGCUGAAAUCUCGCUAGAAGCAGAGAGAUUCAAUGAUGCGGUUUCCGACUUGAGAACUGUUCUCGAGUUGAGAUACUCGCUAUAUUCUCUAGAAGACCCCUCUGUUGCUGAGUGCCAUUACAAGCUCUCCCUCGCCCUGGAAUUUGCAUCGGCCCAGCAAGGUGAUGAGGAGGAUGGCAACACUAAAACCAGAGUUGAUGAAAAGAUGAGGAAAGAAGCUGCCACCCAGAUGGAACAUGCCAUCGCGAGCUGUAAACUCCGAAUGGCCCAAGAGGAGAAGAAAUUUGAGGCUGAGAAGGAUGGGGAUGAAGACAAAGCAACUGCAACAAAGCGGAAGAUCACAAAUGUCAAGGAGAUCGUGACUGAGAUGGAGCAAAGGCUACGUGAUCUGCGCCGACCACCUAUCUCAAUUGAGCAGAACGACCAAGCCAAUCAGGCUAUGCUAAAAGGAGUUCUGGGUCAGAUUAUCGGUCAAUCAGCAACGGACCAAAAAGCUCAGCUUGAUGCAGCUAGCAAGGGAGCAACAGAUCUGUCUGCCCUUGUCAAACGCAAGCCUGCCAAGCAGCCAACCCAGCAAGCCGAAACUGCCUCAAAAAGACCUGCCGAGGAAUCCACAGAGAAUAACUCCAAACGGUCUCGUGUUUGA